AUGCAGUGCUAUACAGAGUUGUUGCCCCCUACUGGGGUAACUCAUUCUCUGUCAAUCCCCUUUCUCUCUGCCACGGCAACUAACCUGGUCGUGGUUAAGACGUCUGUCCUCCAAAUAUUCUCUUUACUCAAUGUCUCGUGUUCAGCAGAAGGUGAAAUCAUUGCAGCCAAGUCAGCCCGGCCGGACCAGCUUCAAUCAACCAAGCUAAUCCUGGAGCGAGAAUAUUCGCUCUCUGGGACAGUAAGCGAUCUCUGUCGGGUCAAACUAUUAAAAACUAAGAGCGGCGGAGACGCUAUCUUGCUCGCCUUUCGAAAUGCUAAACUUAGCUUGGUGGAGUGGGAUCCAGAGCGUUAUGGAAUUUCGACCAUCUCUAUACACUAUUAUGAGCGGGAUGAUAUAACCCGUAGCCCCUGGGUACCUGAUUUGAGCAGCUGUGGCAGCAUCUUGAGCGUGGAUCCAAGCAGUAGAUGUGCAGUUUUCAAUUUCGGGAUUCGCAACCUCGCCAUUCUUCCUUUCCAUCAACCUGGAGAUGAUUUGGUGAUGGGCGAUUAUGAAUCUGAUUCUCAAAAGCAGAGUCAUGAGCAUGAGAUGGAUGAUAGUGCUGGUAAUUCAAAGUCCAAAGAAGGAGCAGUUCAUCAGACUCCAUAUGCUUCAUCAUUUGUUCUUCCUCUUACGGCCCUGGACUCUGCAAUACUUCAUCCAGUCAGCCUUGCAUUCUUAUACGAAUAUAGGGAACCGACUUUCGGCAUCCUCUACUCGCAGAUUGCCACAUCGAAUUCCUUGCUUCAUGAGAGAAAGGAUGCUAUUUUCUACACCGUCUUUACACUGGACCUAGAACAGCGAGCUUCAACUAUGCUGCUAUCAGUCACUAGGCUGCCAAGCGACUUGUUCAAAGUGGUCGCUCUCCCGCCUCCUGUUGGGGGUGCUUUGCUCAUUGGAUACAAUGAGCUUGUGCAUGUCGAUCAGGCAGGCAAAACAAAUGCGGUUGGAGUCAAUGAGUUUUCCCGACAAGUCUCGACAUUCUCUAUGGCUGAUCAGUCGGAACUGGCACUCCGACUCGAAGGAUGCGUUGUAGAGCUUCUCGGUAAUAGCAGUGGGGAUUUGCUUCUGGCUCUCUCUUCGGGGACUAUGGUUCUUGUUCACUUCAAACUGGACGGGAGAUCAGUAUCGGGCAUAUCAAUUCGUCCUUUACCUGGUCAUGCUGGGGGAAAUAUCUUGAAGGCUGCCGCAUCAGCAUCAGCUUCACUUGGAAGUGACAAAGUAUUCUUUGGCAGUGAGGAUGCUGAAUCUGUGCUCCUCGGCUGGUCCUUAUCAUCAUCGAAUGCCAGGAAAUCUCGCUCAGAGUCUAAGCGGAUCGAAAAGGAUCACGAAGAAGGUUCAGACGAUAGUGAAAGCGAAGAAGAUGUCUAUGAAGAUGAUCUCUAUUCCGCUGCACCUGACACCCCAGCACUUGGCCAUCGCCUUUCAGUUGCGCCGUCCACAUUUGCAUCGUAUAAGUUCAAGGUGCACGAUGUGCUUCCUAACACGGCGCCAUUGAGAGACAUAGCGUUGGGUCAGCCUGCAAUGCCCGUUGAAGACACUGGUUCUCACUUGGACAAUAUCUGCUCUGAGUUAGAAUUAGUCGCAGCCUAUGGUUCGAAUGGAAACGGUGGUUUGGUUGUGAUGAAGCGUGAAUUAGAGCCCGUUGUGAAAGCUUCGCUGAACGUUGGACCCAUCCAUGGAGUUUGGACAGCCUCUAUAGCUCUUGGAAGCGCCGCAAAACCUAUGUCUGGAGACCAAACAAACAUCGAGGAAUGGCGUCAAUAUGUCAUAUUGACAAAACCACAAACAAUUGAUAAGGAAGAGUCAGAAGUUUUUAUUGUUGAUGGACUGAAUUUGAAGCCCUUCAAAGCUCCUGAAUUUAACCCGAACAACGAUAUCUCGAUACAGGUUGGGACAUUGUCGAACAGAAAGCGUGUUGUUCAAGUUCUAAGGAACGAGGUCCGAAGCUAUGAUUCCGACUUGGAACUCGCCCAGAUAUAUCCGGUCUGGGAUGAAGACACCAGCGAUGAACGAAUGGCUCUUAGUGCCAGCCUCGCUGAUCCUUACAUCGCGAUACUCCGAGAUGAUUCUACGUUAUUGCUUCUUCAGGCAGAUGACAGUGGAGAUCUUGAUGAAUUGGACAUGAGUGAUAUCCUAGGAAACGAGAAGUGGCUUUCUUGCUGCCUGUACUGGGAUACAACCCAUAUUUUCUCACCGAGGGGUCAUGCCUCACAGCAGAGCACUGAUUGCGGCUUGCUUCUCUUUCUGUUGAGUACAGAUUGUCGGUUAUUUAUUUAUCGACUUCCUGAGCAGCAAUUGAUGUCGGUUAUCGAAGGCGUUGACUGCCUGCCUCCGAUACUUUCAACAGAGCUUCCAAAGCGCUCGACUACACGCGAGAUUCUAUCUGAAGCAAUCGUUGCAAACCUUGGCGACUCUUGGAACCCAUUGCCUCACUUGAUUUUGCGUACUGAUAAUGAUGAUCUUGUGAUAUACAAACCGUUCAUUUCUUCGGUCGAAGAAGAUGGUGAUCCCCAUUGCUUGCGAUUCGUGAAAGAGACGAACCACGUUUUACCAAGAAUUCCUCCUGAUUCAGACACAAAUAUCUCGGACAAGGAGCCAUCGAACCACAGACCACUGUGUAUUCUCCCAGACAUCUCGGGAUAUAGCGCUGUGUUUAUGCCUGGUACCUCAGCAAGCUUCAUUUUCAAAACAUCGAGGAGUUGCCCUCACAUUUUACGUUUGAGGGGCGGGGUGGUUCGCAGCCUGAGCGAUUUCGACUUCACUGACCCUUCGUUGGGGAGAGGAUUCAUCUAUGUGGAUUCAAAAGAUGUCGUUCGCAUUUGCCAGUUGCCACCUGAGACAAUAUAUGAUUACUCGUGGACCUUAAAGAAAGUUGCUAUCGGCGAACAUGUGGAUCACCUAGCUUACUCUAUAUCGUCCGAGACGUAUGUAUUGGGCACCAGUCAUAGUGCAGAUUUCAAAUUGCCCGAAGAUGACGAAUUACACCCGGAAUGGCGGAACGAAGCCAUCUCGUUUCUUCCCGAAUUACGCCAAUGCUGUCUCAAAGUUGUGCACCCCAAAACAUGGACUGUCAUUGACAGCUAUACGCUAGGUCCUGAUGAAGAAAUCAUGGCCGUGAAGAAUAUGAACCUUGAGGUUUCGGAGAAUACCCAUGAGCGUAAGAAUAUGAUUGUUGUGGGAACAGCUCUUGCGCGCGGUGAAGACAUACCUGCACGUGGUUGUAUCUAUGUUUUUGAAGUGAUUAAAGUGGUUCCUGACCCUGAGAAACCCGAAACGGACCGGAAGUUGAAACUCAUAGGCAAAGAGCUGGUCAAAGGAGCUGUGACUGCUUUGUCGGAGAUUGGUGGUCAGGGAUUCUUGAUUGCUGCGCAAGGGCAGAAGUGUAUGGUCCGAGGCCUCAAAGAGGAUGGCAGUCUCCUUCCUGUUGCCUUCAUGGAUGUGCAGUGUUACGUCAAUGUGCUAAAAGAGCUGAAAGGCACUGGAAUGUGUAUAGUGGGAGACGCCUUCAAAGGAAUUUGGUUCGCAGGUUACUCGGAGGAGCCAUACAAGAUGAGUCUGUUUGGGAAAGACCUGGAAUAUCCCGAGGUUGUGGCCGCGGAUUUUCUUCCUGACGGCGACAAGCUGUUCAUCCUGGUCGCUGAUAGUGAUUGCAAUCUCCAUGUCUUACAGUACGAACCGGAAGAUCCCAUGUCUUCAAACGGCGACAAAUUGCUAGUUCGCAGUAAAUUCCACAUGGGACACUUCACCUCGACCCUGACUUUGUUGCCUCGCACCACUGCCUCUUACGAGAUCCCCUCAGCGGAUUCAGAUUCGAUGGAAGUCGAUCCUCGAAUUACACCCCAGCAAGUACUCAUCACUUCCCAAAGUGGUUCUAUUGGUAUCGUCACAUCCAUUCCAGAGGAGUCAUAUCGUCGUCUGUCAGCGCUACAGUCCCAAUUGGCAAAUACCGUGGAGCAUCCGUGCGGGUUGAACCCCCGAGCCUACCGUGCCAUCGAAAGUGAUGGAACGGCAGGAAGGGGCAUGCUUGAUGGGAAUCUUCUAUACCAAUGGUUGAGCAUGAGCAAGCAACGCAGAAUGGAGAUUGCCGCACGGGUUGGGGCUCAUGAAUGGGAAAUCAAGGCGGAUCUCGAGGCCGUUGGUGGCGAUGGACUGGGAUACUUAUGA